AUGGAGAACAACACCGACAUCGUGUUCGUGCUUCAGGGUCUGAACGGGUCGCUGACCGACCGUCAGAUCUACUUCGCCUUCGCUCUGAUGUCGUACAGCUUCACCCUGUUUGUGAACGUGACGCUCAUCGUCACCGUGUGCCUCGACAAAACGCUCCACGAGCCCAUCUACAUCUUCGUGUGCAACCUGUGUUUCAACGGGAUCUGCGGCGCUUCGUGUUUCUACCCGAAGCUGCUCCACGACCUCCUGGCCGACUCCCACGUCAUCACCUACGUCGGCUGCCUCACCCAGAUGGUCGCCAGCUACAGCUACGCCUUCUGCGAGUUCACCAGUCUGACCGUCAUGGCGUUCGACCGCUACGUGGCCAUCUGCCGCCCGCUGCAGUACCGAGCGCUGAUGACGGUGCAGAAGGUGGCUCAGCUGCUGCUGCUCACCUGGUGCUUCUCCAUGGCCGAGGCCAUCGUGGGCAUCACCCUGACCUCCAGGCUGCCUCUCUGCGGGCGAAACAUCCCGAAGAUCUUCUGCACCAACUGGGAGGUGGUGAAGCUGUCGUGCACCGACACGACGGUCAACAACAUCUACGGCUUCCUGCUGACGGUCUCCCACGUGCUGCAGACGGUUCUCAUCUUGGUUUCUUACGCCCACCUGGUCCGAGCCGCCAUCCGAUCUCAAUCCGACCGCCGGAAGUUCGUCCAGACGUGUUUGCCGCACCUGGUGACGCUGCUGAUCUUCACCGUCUCGCUCGUGUUCGACACCAUGUACUCCCGUUACGGCGGCGGCAGCGUGAUGACGGAGCUGAGGAACGCUCUGGCUGCCGAGUUCCUGGUGGUUCCUCCUCUGAUCAACCCCGUCAUCUACGGCAUGAACCUGCACCAGAUCAGGUCCAGGAUCGUCCACAUGUUCAGCCACAGACCGGAGGCCCCCAAGAAACGUGUGAAUAGAAAUGUAAGUUGUAAUAUAUAUUUUUUUAAAUUAAUAAGAUCGUCGGAGAACCACAUCAGCAGUCUGGAGGUCUGCUCACCAAACCCAGAAGCAAAACACAAGAACAGCAACAGCAGCUUGAAGGGAAGGCGUGGAGUCGGGUGA